CCUGCUGAUCGCGAAAGAAAAAAAAAAAAAAAAACAGAAAAAAAAUGAUACCGGAAGAACAAUAGCGGCGAGCCGUGACAGUUGUUGGCUAUAGCCAUGGCAGGAAGAGGUUUUCGCGUAAAAGUACAAUUGGAUUUGCACGCCGUAACAUGUCCCGGCGUAUGGCUGUGCCCUAACGGCAAAAUAGCUCUGAGAAUCACCACCAUUGGCUCCACCCUGGAAUCUCACAGAGUAUCACCGAUUUUUCCACUAUUAUUUCACAACGAGCUUAACUUUAAGAAAACUUUCACACGGCUGGCUACUUUGACAGAGUUGCAACGAAAAUUGGAGCAAGAGUUUCUCUACGCCGAAUUGAUACAGUGGGUUAGCCCGUGCAACCAAACCGUUGUGUUGGCUACGUUCGAAACCAAUUUAGCAGACGUCCUGUACCCGGUGCCUCAUUACAAAGGUUUAAUGCCCGGAAUAGACGUAGACUUGCUCAUGGAUCCAACCAAAUACUUUCCCGGCAUUAUAGCGCCUAAAAUUGAAAUCUCGACGAAAACUGUGAUAGAAGAGGUAUCGGAUGUUUGCAACGCCAACGUCGACAAGGCGUACGUGGUUAAUCCGAAAACCAUCAACUCCAAGCGAACAUCGUGCGUUCACAGAAAACGACCGGUCAAAGGUAUCAUCAGACAGAGGAAGGUUUGUCACAGUCGAGCGAAGCCUCGCGGUCAAAUCUGCCGGGCGAUCAAUCCUCGGGAUCAAUUCUUAUCGAACGAUCAACAACGACUCAACGAAUGUUAUCAUCCGACGAGAAGAAAUCUCCGUGGAGUUACCACUAUUUGCGGGAACGCUCAUAUAUUCGAUAGCUGUCCUGUUUGCUUAAAAUACAAGUGUUACUUUGCUUGCGAAUGCAACGAGCCGAGUGACGACGAACGCAAACAAAUUAUCGAGCCCGUUGAAUCUUUCGAAUCAUUCAUCGUCGAUGAUUCCUAUGAUAUUCGUCGGUCUUGUACUUGCGGUGGCAUGAACGAUAAUUCUGUUUCGCAACAGCCAACAUCCACAGCUCAGCCAAGAAUUCGAUAUCUUCAAAAGAAGGAAAAAUUCUACUGCCCGAGUAGAGGCUGCGGUGAGAAUAUUUCAGAAUGCGACGCUUUCUACGCGCAACAUCAACCCGAGGAAAAGCAAGGAUUUUAUACAAACUUGGAACGGUUCUACAAACGAAUGUAUAAGCAGGCAAAACUUGGCGCACAGCAAGUUAAAGAACGAUCGUGAUGGCAACGCGAAUCGAGCAAUCUACGAGUUCAACGUUUGCGGGAAAAAAUAAACUAGAAAACACAUGGAGGAAAACGACUGCAAUCGCUGUUUA